CCAGUCUAUCGAAGCAUUGCUCAAAGCAUAAACGAAAGCGAAAUCAGAGCAAGCGAGAUGUCGAAAGCACCGCAAGUCGUGUCAGCAGAGUCAACAGCAAAAGCAAAAGCAAAAGAUGUUGCUGCUAUUGACCAAAAGGAAACGGAGCGCCGAGUGAAAGUGAUUAUGGCCAUGGGCUAUCCGGAGGGCCUGGUCCGAAGCCGCCUGAGCGAGGCCGGGAAUAACGUGGAGCGUGCCGUGAAUCUGCUGCUGGAGGAGCACACCGAUGAGCAUGGCCUGCGUCGCAAACGUCGCUGCAUUAAGGAGCUGCGGAAUGGUCUAUUGGGCGAUCCAUACGCCCUCCACAAGAAUAUCGAACAGAUGAUGCAGGAUCGGCGCUGUGCGCAGACCCUCACCGAGAUGGUGAACGGCCGCAGUCUGGAGAUUAUGCAGGGACUGCUCGACCUGUCCUCUUCCUCCGACGACGAGGACCACCAGGAAUCAUCAUCGCCCUCGUCAGGGUCGUCGUCAUCGGUGAUGGAAGGCUCUCCGCCCAACAGCUAGUUAACGUUGCCCAAGUGCUCCUCGUUUACAUGGAAAGAAAUGGAAAAGGUCUCUUUCAUUAAAUGCAUUAAGC